AUGAUGAGCGUCAUGGUUCCGGAGGUGGUUACAUUAUCUGAUGACGAGGAGGAAACACCACGAAAACGAGCGCGACUAAACGAUUCGUUGCCGACAGCGAGCGCCGAAAUCUCGAUGGGCGCCCCAAUCAACAUCGAGGGCUUACUUGGUCGAUUAUCGGCGAACUUUAGCGAAAGGCCAGUCGAAAAUCUUUUGAAACAAAUCAACACUCCGAUCUCCACCGUCAGACAUUCCCUGCCAAACUGCUCACAACAAAAUGCUGAAUGGAACCGAGUUCAACCGAAUGCCCAAAUUCCGACGUCGCAUAUCGUGCGGAAAGUGGCUCAAAGAGAACCAGAGGAACGCCUAACAACUUACACGUUUGCAGCGCAUGGACAGAUCGAUGACAAUUCCGAAGAAGUAAAUGCUAAAUUUAAGUGUACAUAUCAAAGUUGUAACAAGAUCGUGCGAGGAAACGUCGAUUUCAUCUCUCAUCUGUGGGCCCAUAUCGUUGAUGUUACGCCUGCAGAAGUCGGAGAUCGUAGGCAACGACAACAGCGAAAGAAUUUCUCAGAUGUUCGAUCAAUCACCACUUGUCAACAAUGUUUAUCGGCUUUUGAGUCACCGCACAAGUUGCAGAUUCAUUACACGAGAUGCCAUUCAAGAAUCAAUGAAGCUACCAAUAAAGUGGCUUGUCAGAUUUGCGAGAAGGAAGUCACCGUUUUACUUGAACACCUUACUCGGCAUCCUCCAAGGGUUGCUCCAUAUGCCUGCCAAGUUAGGUCUUGUCAAUAUCGAACUACUCAACGAAUGAUUCUCUUCAAUCACUACAUUCAGCACCAUGCCAACUCCAUGUAUUUGUGGUGUCCGUUCUGCACAUACGUUGACGUGAUUUCACGAUCUCAACUUCGGACUAAAGAUGUCAUCACUUGUAAAAACUUUGUCAAUCAUAUGGCAGAACAUGGAACAGUUUUGACGACAUAUCGUUGCUCCAAUUGCGCUUAUGUUUUUCUGAGUCGCGGCGAUAUGGAAAGGCACCGCGCUAGUGACCACAAUACAAGCGUCCCUCAUAAUUGGAUCAUCAAGCAAUUGCCUGCGAACUCGUUUCGACAACGAAAAGUUGGUUCAAUUCACUCAACUCACCGAAAGGGUACUGUCAAUUGUGAUGCGUGCAUUGUUAACGGAUCUUCGGUUGUGACGCGAUGUACUAAAUGUAAAAUCACCGCUUAUGAAGAGUCGAUUUCGGAGCUUGAAAAACUUUCCAAGGAAAACCCCGCACGUCGCAUUGUCACUAAUGGACGAUAUUUGAGCGAAUGCGAGUGCGGUUUUGCAACGAGAGAUGGAAAUUUGAUGGCCUCACAUCGUUUGGAAGUCUGUGACUCUCUGGGUUUAACGGAAACAAAGAUGGAUCACUCCAUACAUGGAUCUAUUCAAGAAGAUAUUAUCGAAGCGAAAAUCUUUGCCGUCAUUCAUCCAGAGCCUUCGGUGCCUCAAAUGACCACGGUGGGGAACGAUUUGGAAGCUUUGAAUAAGAUUCGAGACGAAUUUGCCGACGUUGACGAUUUAGAAUUCUUGGUCUACAAGCAAUUUUUGGUGAGAGCACAAGUCAAUGACAUUUGCCGAAGCUUCCGCCGGUUUGACAAAUGUUUUAAAUCGAAA